CAGAGCCUCAAAUGACUCAUAAAGGAUACAUAGCAUGAGUGAAAAAUGAAUCUUUAUAUCCUUGAGGAAUUUGGUAGUUGUUUGUCGCUGCAACCUCACCUAGCCUAUCCCUUGUGGUUUAUACCAAAGCUCACAAAAUGCUAAAGCUUAAAGGAGAACUGAGAGCUUCCAAGGGACUGAAAGGUGAGGACCAGAAGCAGACACAGAAAUUAAUAUUCGAGGAGUCCCAGAUAGAUUUUGGAUCUGCUAAAGAGUGUCAUCUGAGACAACUUCAGCAACUGAAGAAAAAAUUGCUGGCCCUUCAGCAAGAACUGGAGUUUCGCACAGAUGAGUUGCAGACUUCCUACUGUUCUCUCCUGCAGUAUCAGUCCAUCCUGGAGAAGCAGACUUCCGACCUGGUUCUUCUUCACCAUCACUGCAAGCUGAAAGAAGAUGAGGUGAUUCUCUAUGAAGAGGAAAUGGGAAAUCAUAAUGAGAACACAGGAGAGAAGCUCCAUUUGGCACAAGAGCAGCUUGCCUUGGCUGGGGACAAGAUUGUCUCCCUAGAAAGAAGCUUAAACCUCUACAGGGAUAAAUAUCAGACUUCCCUGAGCAACAUCAAGUUACUGGAGUGCCAAGUGAAGAUGUUAGAGGGGGAGCUCAGCGGGCUCAUCAGUCAGGAACCAGAGAACAAGGGUGAUCACCCAAAGGUGCCUAUAUACACUUCUUCCUGCAUGAUUCAAGAGCAUCAGGAGACCCUGAAACGACUGUCCAAAGUCUGGCAAAAGGUCUCUGAACAGGAUGAUCUAAUCCAGGAGCUUCGAAAUAAGCUAGCCUGCAGUAAUGCUUUGGUUCUGGAGCGUGAAGAGGCUUUGAUAAAAUUACAGGCAGAUUUUGCUUCUUAUACAGCCACUCACAGACAUCCUCGUAGCUCCUCAGAAGACUGUGAAGACGUAAAAACGAUCCUGAAGCACGUGCAGGAGCAGGACAGCCAGUGCCUGCACGUGGAGGAGUACCAGAGCCUCGUGAAGGACCUGCGCGUGGAACUGGAAGCUGUGUCGGAGCAGAAGAAAAACAUCAUGAAGGACAUGAUGAAGCUGGAGCUGGAACUACAUGGGCUGCAGGAGGAGACGUCUGCCCACAUUGAGAGGAAAGAUAAGGAAGCCACCAUCCUGCAGCACCGGCUGCAGGAGCUGCAGCUGCAGUUCGCAGAGAUCCAGAAGCUCGCUUUGAAGAAAGACAAGUUGCUCCAAGAGAAGAAUGAAAUGCUGCAUGAGCUAGAGAAGAAGCUGAGCCAGGCUCAGAACUAUCUCAGGAAGAAGCAGAUGGAGCUGGAGAACCAGCAGUGUAUGAUGAAGGAACUCGAAAUGACCGUGAAGGAGGCAAAGCAGGACGAGAACAAAGUGGAGUGUGAGGCCCUGAAGGCUGAGCUCCAGAAGCUGGCAGACUGUCUGGAAGAGGCCAAGCAGCAGCAGAGGCUGGCGGCUCAACAAGCAGCACAAUAUAAGGAAAAGGCCAGGCUGGCAGAGCAGAACCUGGAGGAUGCUGAGAAGAAACUUCAGAGCUGCAUUUACCAGGACAAGCAGAAGGCAAACACCAUCCAAGAGCAGCAAAGAGAGCUGCAGAAGCUGCAGAAGCUGCAAAAGGAGGCCUUGCUGGCUGAAGAGGAGCUGUCACAGAGCAGGAAACGGGUAGAAGAGCUAACCUCAGAAGUUGCCGAGACCCUAAAGAAGCUUGAAAAUGCAGACAAGGAAAGGAGGAAGCUUCAGAAAACAGUAGCUGAGAAUGAAGUAAAAGUAAAUGAAUUGCAAGAUCAGACCAGACACUUUCAGCACCAGCACAGAGACCUAUUAUCUGCCAAAAACAAGCUAGAAGAUGACCUUCAGGAAGUAAGGAAGUUACUGGAGGAGAAAAAAGAGCAGUUGAAAAAGAGCAAAGAACAAGAGAAGUUGCUGGAGGAAGAACUUGAGGUUGUUCGACAGGAAGAAAAAAAGAAGGACAAGACGAUAACCCACCAGAAGGAGUCCAUAAUGAGUCUGCAGACCCAGCUAGUACAGGCCGUGCAAAAAGAGAAGUGUUAUCUCCAGACCAUGGUCACUAAAGAAGUCUAUGAAGACUUAGCCCGGAAGUCAGCUGCUUGCCAAGAUAAACUGACACAAGCCCUGGAGAAGCUCAAUCAUGCAACCUCAGAGACAAAGAGCCUGCAGCGAAACUUGUUACAGACCCAAGAGAGGAAAACUCAGCUGGAAGAUGAAAUUCUUGCUUAUGAGGAGAGAAUGAGAAAGGUCAAUGUGGAAUUAAAAAAACUGCAAGACUUCCACCGGGAGAGUGAGAUAGAGGUGCACGCGUUUGACAAGAAGCUAGAGGAGAUGAGCAACCAGGUGAUGCAGUGGCAGAAGCAGCACCAGAAUAACCUCAAGAUGCUGGCAGCGAAAGAGACUCAGCUCAGGGAGCUCCAGGAGGAAAUGGCCACCCUGAAAGAGAACCUCCUUGCAGAUGAAAAGGAGCCUUGCUGCCUGCCCCCACGAUCUGUGCCCAAAGAACCCUGUAGGCUCCACCGAGACAGCGAUCAGAUUAUGUCCAACAUGGAACAGUGGGCAAAAGAACAAAAAUUCUAUUACAGGGUUGCCAAUGAGAAACUAGGAAACAAGCUGCGUGAACAGGUCAAAUACAUUGCUAAGCUGACUGGUGAAAAGGACCAUCUCCAUAAUGUGAUGGUCCAUCUGCAGCAGGAAAACAAGGAGCUGAAGACUGAGAUAGAAGAAAACCAAGUGAAAGCCGGAAAUACAAGGCUGUGCAGAGCCCUAGGCCCGAGCAAACUGGAGCCCACACAAAGGGGGAAAAUGUGUAGCGCAUUGGGCUGGAGGGAGACAGCCCAGGACAUGGGCCAGAGAAUGGACAUCACCAAGUACGUUGGGCUUCCCCAGUGCUCAGAAAAAAGAACCCUACAAACCCUUUUUCCAAGAAAGAAUGUAAUCCUGAGACCCAACAGAAAGCAAGAGAAAUACAGGAUACAUUUUCCAAAGAGGAGAGCAAGAGCAAGCCAUCUGCUUCCUCCCUGGCUGCCAUAUUACAUUCCUCUUUUUAAUAAUUUUAUUUUUCUCCCCAGCCACCUCAAUACAAGUAAAAUUCCAUUAUAACAAACUCUAAGGACAGCUAAACUAUUUUAUUGUGGAAGGAUUUUGUCUGAGUACAUGUUUAGAAUUUAUAUUUCUAGUCUGCAGGAAAUGGAGACAAAUAGCUACUAAGGUAAAGUAAGGGAAAGAAUGAAAAAGCUUGCGUUUCUGAAGAGGCAGGAAAAAUGAAGGCAAAGCUUGACAAUGAUUCUUAAAUAUUCUUUCCUCCAUCCCCAGCCAAAUAAAGGCCAAGAAAAUUCACCACUAAUAGUCACCUGUUUCACAAAAUGACCCUUCCAGGACUUUGAAAGGGCAAGUUCACAAGUGUGAGGUAGGGUGAUGAGCAUCUCUGGUGGCUUCUGUUUUAAUGUGGUUGUCUGGUAAUGCUCUUUUGACUAUCUCAUUUGGUUUAGAAUAAGGGCUUAUUUUCUAAAGAAAACUAAAGACUAGAAAACUUGGUACUGAUGAAAUUGCUUCCUAGCCCUAGCCGUGGAUCAUUUAUUCAAACAAAAAUUCAAAGUCAUUAAAUUCUCAUCUGGUCUACUAAAAAGGUACUUUACCUCUUUAAGUUCCAAAAAGCUUCAUGUAUGUUGGCUAAAACUACAACCUCUGGGGAUUUUGAAUGUAGUACUUUUUUUUUUCAAAGUUGAUUUUUACACCAAAACAAAGCAGAUGAUAGUAUGUUAUGGGGAGCAAAGUGGUAGAAAAAUAUUGAUAUCUAACCCAGACAUCUGGCUGUGAAAGCCCA